AGAGAGAGAGAGAGAGAGAGAGAGAGGCUUUUCUACAAAGUCUUGAUUACAUUAACGUGUGAGGAGGAGCAUCAAAGCUUCAAUUAAAGAAGGAUAUGGGCAUAAGGAGCUAUCAUCAUGUGGAUGACAUGCCUUUCUUCCUGCAAGCUCCAACCUUCAUUGAAUGGCUUAAGCCAUCAUCAUCAUCAUCAUCAUCAUCAUCAUCAUCAUCAAUCUCUCUUCCAUCUUCUUCCUCUUCUCCAUCAUCUUCAAUAACUCAACAAGCUCAGUUCAUCACAAAUCCCUACUUUUAUCAUCAGCAACUACAGGAAGAAGAGCUCCUUCAGCAAAAUAACAGAUGCCUACCUCUCCUUAGCAAGCUAAGUACUGAAACUUAUAAGCCCUUGAAAGAAGAGGCCAUUGAAGUGCAAGAAGAGAGUAAAGGUUUCAAGGAUGAGAAACUGGAGAAGGUUACUGUGGCGUUGCACAUUGGGUUACCCAGCAUGGAAGAUUCUGAUCAGAACACUGAUCAAAUGAAGCCCUCAAGCUAUACGGAAGAGGAAUCCAUGAACAAGAAGAAUCUUGAAGGUCUUCGUCCAUUGAGCACUGAAAGUAGGUUUUGGAUCCCCACACCAGCUCAGAUCCUUAUUGGGCCAACCCAGUUUGCCUGCUCCAUCUGCAACAAAACCUUCAAUAGGUAUAACAACAUGCAGAUGCAUAUGUGGGGACAUGGCUCACAAUAUAGAAAAGGACCAGAAUCACUGAGAGGAACUCAACCAACAGCAAUGUUGAGACUUCCUUGCUAUUGUUGUGCUCAAGGCUGCAAGAACAACAUCAAUCAUCCUCGAGCCAAACCUCUGAAAGAUUUCAGAACUCUUCAAACUCAUUACAAGAGAAAGCAUGGAGUAAAGCCAUUCAUGUGCAGAAAAUGUGGCAAGCCAUUAGCAGUAAAGGGUGAUUGGAGAACACAUGAAAAGAACUGUGGGAAGCUAUGGUAUUGUACAUGUGGAUCAGAUUUCAAACAUAAAAGAUCACUAAAAGACCACAUUAGAUCCUUUGGAAAGGGUCAUUCUCCACACCCUUCUCAUAAAAACUUCGACGAAGAAAAAGAAUGUGUCACAGGAUCUGAAGACGAAGUGGGUUCAGGGAGACCAUAGAAGUCUCUAUGGUCUACCAAUGUUUGAAGCUCUAUGAGCCUUGAGCCUUUUAUCUUUUCUUUUGGUUAUUAGGUUAUAAGUUUUGUGAGCUUAUCUAAGCUUGUGCUCGGUAACAAAAAACUCUCAACAAGUGUCUUAACUGCAGGGAACACAGAGAGAGCCGUUUGCUAAGGAGCAUUGGCAGAUUGAUGAGCCAUAUAAUAACUUCAGACAGUUUGGUAAGUGGGUUUGGUAAGUAGGGUGAAGCAUGGUUGUGAAGUAGCCGAAUUUUCUUCAGCCUCAAGAACUUAGCAGCAUGAAGGUUCAAGGUUUUACCAAGAAUCAGGUGAUCUGUGAUCUUUCAAUGGGGAAAAUUUGUCCACUUCAUUGACUAACUAGAUAAUCUUAAUAUAAUAAAUGGAUUGUUCUUUCUCUCAACAUCCACUUGUAUGGAGUAUUGAUCUAUUAUUUAUGUUUGUAAAUAUAAUCUUUGAUAAUGUAGCUGGUCAGGGUCUGCUCACUUCUUGAUGUUUACCUUUGACACCUCUGCUGAUCUAUUUCAUGAUUUCUUGCUUAAAUUUGAGCCUUAGCUCUAUUUCA